AUGAAGCCGGGCAUUGGCGGCCCGAUGGCCAUGCAGGUCCCGGUGGGCGCCAUGUCCCCAGAGCAGCAGGCCCAGAUGAUGCAGGCGGCCGCGGCGGCGCAGUGGGGUAUGGUGCCCGCGAUGUCGCCACACAUGUGGCGCCACAUGCAGAUGGGCUACGCGAUGUCGCCGUACGGCCAGCCCGCCGUCGCGGGCGCGGCCGGCGCGGCGCCGGCGCCGGCGAUGGUCGCGCGGCCGCCGUACGGCAUGGGGGCGCCCAUGUACGUGUUCCCCCAGCAGAUGGCGGGGGGCAUGAUGCCGUGGGGCAUGUACCCCCAGCAGAUGGCCUUCCCUACCCCAGGGGGCUACGUCGUGUACCCAAGCGCCGCCGCGUAUGGCGGCGCCGCAGUGCAGCCGGGCAUGGCGCCCGUGGCGGCGGCCGGCAUGAUCCCCGGCGGUGCUGCCGGCGGCGCCGGCAGCGGCGCGGACGAUGCGCGCGGGAAGGCCGGAGAGGGCGGCGCCGGCGGUCCCCGCGCGGGCGGCGGCGGCGGCGGGGGCGGGCGCCACAACCACUAUAGCAGCAGCUACGCGGCGAGCGAGGAGAGCGGCGAGGGCGCGUUCCGCGGUGGCGGCGGCGGCGGCGGCGGCAGCUACGCGAGCAGCGGCUACAGCAGCAGCUACGGCGGGCCGCCGCCGGGGCCGCUCACGACGCUGUACGUCGGAAACCUGGCGCCCUCUGUGACCGAGGAGGCCCUGCAGGCGCAGUUUGUGCAGUUUGGACCUGUCGAGAGGGCUCAGGUCAUCCGCGAGCGGGAGACCGGGGAGGCCCGGGGCUAUGGCUUCGUGACGUUCAGCGCGGCAUCCCCGCAAUCUGCGCCCGCGGCGAUGGCGCGCCUUAACGGCGCCACGCUGGACGGCGCGUUCCAGGGCCGCACCAUCCGCGUGUCGCCCAGCAACAA